CGCCGAAUGAAGCAUACAACUCACUCAACUCUACUCAAGAGCAUUAGAAAUCUUGUGUUCAACAGUUGGAAGUAAACGAAGCAACAACUUGAAAAAUGAAGUUCAUCGUGUUGGCUCUCUUCUGCUCGGUAGCGUUCGCCGCUGCUCAAUUGGAACCUGAAGCUUACUAUGGUUCUCCACGUGUCCGACGACAGGAUCGAGGAUCCCUCGUGAUCCACGGCGAGAAACCAAUGAGCGGUCCGGAUCGUCGUCCAUCCUUGGACGUCGACUACCAUCAACGUGUCUUGGACAGAAAUGGAAUGACCGCGAACACCUACGGAGGACUGAACAUUCGUCCAGGACAGCCACCACAGCCCCAUGCCGGCAUCCAGCUCCAGCGUAACUUCAAGGACGGCUUUAUCGGGGGUUUCGGUCAAGUUCAACGCAGACCUGGUGGCGGACCAUCGCCCACUUUUGGCAUUUCCGGUGGCUACAGAUUCAGACGCGACGUCGACGAGCCCGUCGACGACGAAAUCGCGCCCCAAUAUUAAUAACGACCUCGAAUCGUACCAGAUGUAUUUAACACGAUUAUUUAUUCCGACGCUUAUUUUUAACUUAAUCUCACUUUAAUCUU